AUGGGCGUGUACGAAGAGGUAUAUGGUCAGCGGGCGGUGUACGAGGACGUCAAGGUGCGCAAGCACGUGUCGUUCAAGCCUAGCAGCAGGUUCCACAGCAACAACUAUGCGGAUCAUUACAUACACACGGAUUCAUACCCGCAGGCUCAUGUCAAGAACAUCGAGAACACAGUGGAGGGCUACCCGAAGCUGCAGAAGCUGUUCCAGCUAAAGGAGAAGCAGGUGGCGAAGCACGCGACGACGCCGUACGGCUGCCGGGUGGACAUCGAUGACAUGGUGCCGACGCUGAGCCGGUGGAUCCAGCGGGACAAGCUGGUGUUCGAUGUUGUGAUGAUCGGGUGUCUGAGCGACAACCAGUUCAUCUACCCGCUGCUGACGCAGCUGCCGAUCAACAAGCUGGUGUCGAAGCCGGGGUUUCUGUUCAUCUGGGCCAGCGCCCAGAAGAUCAACGAGCUGACGCGGCUGCUGAACAACGAGGGCUGGGCGAAGAAGUUUCGCCGCAGUGAGGAGUUUGUGUUUGUACCGGUGAACAAGGAGUCUCCGUUCUACCCUGGGCUGGACCAGGACGACGAGCCCCUGUUCGACAAGAUGCAGUGGCACUGCUGGAUGUGUAUCACUGGGACGGUGCGGCGGUCGACGGAUGGGCACCUGAUCCACUGCAACGUAGACACGGAUCUGGCGAUCGAGACCGACGCGACGCAGAACGGCGCAGUGCCGUGCCACGUGUACAAGGUGGCGGAGAACUUCUCCACGGCCACACGAAGGUUGCAUAUCAUUCCUGCCAGGACGGGGAGCGAAAACCCGGUGCGGUUGCGCCCUGGCUGGGUGAUCAUGAGCCCGGACGUGAUUCUCGAUAACUUCAAUGCGAAGCGGUACCGCGACGAUAUCCGGCAAUUAGGCUCCAAUCUGCCCAUGGACAACGGUAUCGAGUCCUUGCGGCCUAAGAGCCCGGUGCAAAAGAAAAACUAA